GAGGGUGCGGGUGCUGCCUCCGCCCACCGUCACCCCGUGUGCCCAGGCUCUGAUGGAGACGGCCCAGCGCCUCCGCUGCCAUCUUGGCUGGCCCUGCUCCGGAAGACCCCGGAAGGCACAUCCUCGGCCCCAUCCGGUGGUUCCGCUUCAAAAGCUGGGGCUGUUUGGUUGCAGAAGCAGCGUGAAAGGAGCAGCCUCAGCCCCGCUUCGGGCCUGACCCUCAGGAAACCGGGGGCCUCCGGGAGUCCUUUUCCACGUAUCUUCUCUUGCUCUGGCCUUGCCCGGAGGGAGCCGGGCGCCUGGAGCCCCUGGGCUCAUCUCCUCCCCCGCCUGCCGGCUCGGGCACGCCCACUGUGGAUCUCUGUGCCGCGCUCGUGCCUCGUGGAGGGCAGCGUCCGAGGACGGGACACAUCCCAGGCCCUCUCGGUGUGCCCAUGCUCCGGCGCGUGUCCCUCUGGGAGAGGACCCGGUCAGGAAGUCUGGUCCACGGGCCUUCCUGCUGGAGGCAGGCUGUCUGGGGGGAGGCUUCUCACCCUUGCACCGCCCCAACGCGCCUCCGUCUUCAGGAGGGCACGAACAGCCUGGGACACCCUGGCGGUGCCAGGCAUGGGGCGGGCCGGGGAAACUGAGGCCAGCAGGUUCUGCUGUGGCCUCUGGCCAGUGAGUGAACUUGGCCUCUGUCUGCUACAGGCCUCGGCGCUGGAGGAGAACUUUGUCCGCCCGUCGAUGGCCCGUUAUUGCCUUGGCCGACGUCAGGUGGCACCUGGCAGGGAGCAGGGCCGGGGAGGAAGCCAGCAGGUGGCCUUGGCCGGGCGCGUUGCCGGGCCUCCUUCCGCGCACGACGGAGGCCCUUGGGCGGCUCCCCCUCGGGGUGAGGCCGACAUCAUCUCGACGGUGGAGUUCAACCACUCCGGAGACCUUCUGGCGACUGGCGACAAGGGCGGCCGAGUGGUUAUAUUUCAGAAGGAGCACGAGAAUAAAAGCCGUCCUCAUUCUAGAGGCGAAUAUAAUGUGUACAGUACCUUUCAAAGUCACGAGCCUGAAUUUGACUAUCUGAAAAGUCUAGAAAUUGAGGAAAAAAUUAAUAAGAUUAGGUGGUUGCCGCAACAGAAUGCUGCGCACUUCCUGCUCUCUACUAACGAUAAAACGAUUAAAUUAUGGAAAAUAAGUGAACGAGAUAAGCGAGCGGAAGGCUACAACCUGAAAGAUGAAGACGGGAGACUGCGCAAUCCAUUCCGAAUCACAGCGCUACGGGUUCCCAUCCUGAAGCCCACGGAGCUGAUGGUGGAGGCCAGCCCGCGCCGGGUCUUCGCCAACGCCCACACCUACCACAUCAACUCCAUCUCCGUCAACAGCGACCACGAGACCUACCUCUCGGCGGACGACCUGAGGAUCAACCUGUGGCACCUGGAGAUCACCAACAGGAGCUUCAACAUCGUGGACAUCAAGCCCGUCAACAUGGAGGAGCUGACCGAGGUGAUCACGGCCGCCGAGUUCCACCCGCACCAGUGCAACGUCUUUGUGUACAGCAGCAGCAAAGGCACCAUCCGCCUGUGUGACAUGCGCUCCUCCGCACUGUGUGACCGGCACUCCAAGUUUUUCGAGGAGCCCGAAGACCCGAGCAGCCGGUCCUUCUUCUCCGAGAUCAUCUCCUCCAUCUCGGACGUGAAGUUCAGCCACGGCGGCCGCUACAUGAUGACCAGAGACUACCUGUCGGUCAAGGUGUGGGACCUCAACAUGGAGAGCCGGCCCGUGGAGACGUACCAGGUCCACGAGUACCUCCGCAGCAAGCUGUGCUCCCUCUACGAGAACGACUGCAUAUUCGACAAGUUCGAGUGCUGCUGGAGCGGCUCCGACAGCGCCCUCAUGACCGGCUCCUACAACAACUUCUUCCGGAUGUUCGACAGGAGCGCCCGCAGGGACGUCACUCUGGAGGCGUCCCGGGAGAGCAGCAAGCCCCGCGCCGUCUUAAAGCCUCGCAAGGUGUGUCCGGGGGGCAAGAGGAAGAAGGACGAGAUCAGCGCGGACAGCCUGGACUUCAACAGGAAGAUCCUGCACACGGCCUGGCACCCCCUGGACAACGUCAUCGCGGUGGCGGCCACCAACAACCUGUACAUCUUCCAGGACAAGAUCAACUGAGGCGCUCGGCUCCUGCCUCCGGGCCGGCCGCUCUUGUGGGUCUCCGCGAGGAGCCCCACAGGCCGCCUCUCGCCCGGGACGCCGGGCUCGCAGACGGGGCUCGGCGCCGGCCGCCAGCCGGGCCUUCCCUCCCCGACUACAGGCCGAGAGCCCAGAGGCGACAGGGAGGCCGCCCGUCUCCGCCGUCACCGGGGGGGCCUCUGGGAGCCGUGUUUAAGCCCAGAAAACCCGCCCUGGCCCGUCCUGCUGCCGCCCCCACCCCGCGGGCGGAGCCCCUCAAUAAAAGCGAGAAGCUGUAAACAAAGCGUGUGUUUCGGUCGCCAUCUUCAGUCCUCGAGCCUGCGUGGGGGGCUCCUGGGAGAAGACGGGGCUCGGUGGGGGGGUCAGAGAGGACAUCCCCGAGGGACCCGGCAGCUCCGGCCAAUGAGGACCCGAGUCGCUGCCGCUUGUCCCAGGCUCGCGGGGUCUUCCCUGCCUGGUGGGGGCGCUGCUGGGUUUUCCUCUUUCUAGGACUUGGGGGUGGGGGGUCUGCGGUUAGAGAAUGGGGGGACCGUUGUCUGCAUGCCGAAUUCCGUACUGCCACUCGGGCGGCCACACCGCCAGGACAGGCUCCCGGCUCGGUGCGGCCCGAGUCACUGGGGUGGCCGACGGGUGCUAGACGCCGCCAGGGCCGCCCGGGGCUUGCUGAAGGGGGGCCUCGCCCCCGAGGCUCCUGGUCGGGGCGUCAGUCCUGGGUGCGCAGCCUCCUAAUUCGGGGCUAGCGCGGCGGGCUUGUCUAGACUUGUGCACUAUUUCGAUCACAAAGUUUAAUAAAUUUUAGACAUUUAACUGGA